AUGAAUAUUUCUUAUGGAUUCAAAACCCAGGAAAGAAGGGAACAAAUUCUAGAUUUCGUUCUUGAUGGUGUUGGCCUUCACGCAGAAAAACUUCAACUGACUGAUACUGAAUGCGCGCGCAAAAGAAAUAGAUUUUGGCUGGGCCUAGGGAACGACGACGAGACUAGGACGAAGACGCUUGACAAGUUGUCCGAGGCGCGGCUAUGGAAUGGAAUAGCACGAGUGGCUAUAGGAAGAGCUUUGGCAGAUGUGCGAGCAUAUAAUUUUUAUGCUGAUUAG